UCCCACUUUCAAAAAAAAAAAAGAAAAUCCAAUUAUCUGGAAAUUUAAGAAUAUACGCUUUUGGUGUGAAUUUUUUCAUUGACAUUAGCAAAUCCUCGAUGUAAUUGAUAGCCAAUCAUAUCAAACGAAUUCUGAAUGAAUUUCAUAAAAUUCGACAGCUCGGUUGGACGCUUUUGCAAGUAGUAAAUGGGAGCCUUUUAACGUCCUUCUGCUUUACAGCGAUCGUGUUCCGGAGCUUUUUAUUCAUCGCAGCCAUUGAGUUCACUGGUUCAGCAGGAGCAGCGGAGUGUGCUUAAUAACAGUCGCUUAAAGAGAUUCGUCUGUCAAAUGCAGCGUACGGUCUGGCAGUAAUGUACGAAUGAGGCUCGAUACGGAAUACGAAAAAACUGUCAAUUCUGUCAUACGAUUUGGAAUCGUUCAUUGUACCGAGGAACGAAAGGACAAUGAGUGUUUAUAGCGAAGAUCGAGACAUUGACUGGCGGAGCGAGAAAUAAGGAAUGCUGCGAGCGAUAAAAUUCGACGGCCAUUCACGAGUGGGCUUAACCAUACGCCAAAAUGGAUCCAACGAACCAGCAGGGUGCUUCGGAUCCCGAUAGGAAAGUGGAAAAGGAAGGGGAACGGAGAUAGGAGAGCAAGUACGAGUGUUCAGUUAUGUUGCGGUAAUGGAAGGAACGAGGGAUGUUGGGGGUCCUCGCGUGGGCGAACUACGUCAUCCGCCCACCUGUAGCGCAGCAACACGCGCAUCGAGACCACUGUGUGGACUGCGAGAGUGCAAGGCAGAUUCAAUUCGAUUACGGUAUGCGUUCGGAAAUGAGCAGUGAGGACUCAUUGAGCAAAGAUUGGGACGAGCCGGAAGAGCCCCAAGAGAAGAAGCGCUCGAAGCGUCGUGCUUCCAAGCGAAUAUCCCGUCACAAUUUACGAUCUUCCAAGUCAUCACGGGUUACAACCCCGAGGGAGAAAACCCUCAGGAGACUUGAGAGUAACGAACGCGAACGCAUGAGGAUGCACAGUCUCAACGACGCGUUUCAGUCUUUGAGAGAAGUGAUACCGCAUGUUAGUAAAGAGAGGCGUUUAUCAAAGAUCGAGACUCUGACGCUUGCGAAAAAUUACAUCGUUGCUCUGACGGAUGUAAUUUGCGCGAUUAGAAGCGAGGAACAAUCCGACAUGACGAAUGACCACGAGCCGGAUGAAAAAAUUGUCGUGGAGGAAUCGUCCGAAGGAAUAACGACCGUUUGUCUGAAUAUGAACACACCAAUAUCUUCGAGAUCUUCCAGUCCGAGUGAGACUUUUUCCGAGGUCGAUAAAAUAGUAACGUGGAAGAAGAACGUCGGUAAUGAGAUGAGCAACGGCUCAAUGAGAAAUCACAGCCUCUGAAGGCAUGUCCGGCUCAUUCGUCUAGCCGGAAUUUAAAACUAACGACGAACAAAGUACGUAUUUCGUUCGUUUGUUUCAUUCAGACGCAUCUUCGGAACGAAAUCAGGCUUGCUAACUGGAACAUAAGCGAAACGAUUCAAUUAUCAAACGAUUACGAAAUCAACGAAGAGAGAUAAAUACAAUAUAGAUAAUUAGACGACAGUGUUAGAGAAUUUUUUAACUUUCUGCCAAUUGUUUGCUGUGUCUAGAGUAGACUUUACUUAUUCUUCCUCGUAAAACUUGAAAGUAUUCUGUGUGGAAAAGAAGAAAAUAUGAGAGCGUAUACAUGAAAUGUUGAAAGAGCGAUGCCAAAAAUCUACCAAAGUAUUAUAAUACGAGUAUUAUUACUGCAGUAUUAAAAAUAGAAUGAAAAUGUGACAGUUCUGAAUGACACAGAUGACUUUUAAAAUCGCUAUUUAAUGGUAACUGUUCUUAGAUUUAUUUCUGUGAUAUUCAUAAUAAAUGUUGCACCGCAACGGCAUUUUUUCUUUCAACCGCAGCAUUAAUCGUCAGCUUAAUUUUUCGAUGGAGACUGUCACAUUUAUAAAAAUAAGUUAUUUUUAAGUCACUGAUGAUAAUAAUGGAAUAAACAUGAGGUUCGAUGCUGAGAUAAUUAAUGCAUAAGUUCAAAAUAAUUUAAACUGUAGCGAAUGAAAGAUUUUUCUCCCUCCAAGAAUCGCUUCGGUGGUCGAUGGCAUAUCAAUUAUCGAUCGCGAAAUAUCAAGUAUUGAAAUUCAGGGUAUUAAAAAUCAAUUGAGCAUGGAAUGAAAAAGUGAAUCGCUUGCUGAUCAAUUACUAUACCUGCUUCAUCAUUCGUCAUGCAGAAUCGAGGGGGAAUUAUAAUCCACGAUAAAUGCAAGGAAACAAAACUUACAGUUAAUAUCAAAUAUAUAUUUCUAGAUUAUGUAUAGAUAAAUACAUAAAUAUAAUGUACGAUACGAUACAGAAUUAUAUUUCAAGAAGAAAAAUAAAUUAUAUAUUUCAAAGGUAA